UUUGCGCAGGCCACGCCCCCCGUUACCAUGGCAGCGGGGACGCUGCGGCCUGGUCCUGAUGGCGGCCGAGGGACCGGAGCCGGGCCCGGACUCGUCGCUGGUGUCCCUUUACCGCUGGUUGGACACGGUGCCGCUGUCACGGCCACGCAGGAACAUCGCCCGCGACUUCAGCGACGGGGUGCUGGCGGCCGAGGUGGUGAAGUUCUUCUUCCCCUCGCUGGUGGAUCUGCACAGCUUUGUCCCCACCAGCUCCACGGCGCAGAAAGUCGCCAAUUGGGGCCACCUCAACAGGAAAGUGCUGAGCAAGCUGAACCUGCGUCUCCCCGAGGAGAUGAUCCAGGGGCUGGUGCGGAGCCAGCCGGGAACGGCCGAGCAGCUCCUGCAGCUCCUGAGGGCCAAAAUCCUCCAGAGGCAGAGGAACAGCAAAGGAGGGGUUGGGAAGCCCACAGCGGAGCCAGCAGCGCUGGACGAGGGCGGGUACCUGGACACAGGCCAGCCGAAGCUCCGCAGAGAUUUGGGAAGGGGCUGCAGCCAGGAGGGCGCUGACAGGGCGGUGGCGGUGGCAGUACAGCCCGGGGGUGGCCUUGGGGACAUGCGACAGCAGCUGGCGGACCGCGAGCAGGCGCUGCAGCUGGCGCGGGACACGAUCCAGAUCCUACAGGCCAAGGUGGGGCGGCUGGAGCAGCUCCUGCUCCUCAAGAACCUCCGCAUCGACGACCUGAGCCGGCGGCUGCAGCAGCUGCGGGGACCCGGCGACAGGGACCCCGAGAGGGGACAGGGACAGGGACAGCGCCCCUGACCCGCGACAGGGACACCGAGAGGGGACAGGGACAGGGACAGGGACAGGGACAGGGACAGCGCCCCUGACCCGCGACAGGGACACCGACCCCGAGAGGGGACAGGGACAGCGCCCCUGACAGCGACAGGGACACCGAGAGGGGACAGGGACAGGGACACCGACGCUGACCCGCGACAGGGACACCGAGAGGGGACAGGGACAGGGACAGGGACAGGGACAGCGCCCCUGACCCGCGACAGGGACACCGAGAGGGGACAGGGACAGGGACAGGGACAGGGACAGCGCCCCUGACCCGCGACAGGGACACCGUCGCCACCGCGGGGUGGCACCGCCGUGGCGGAUCGGGGACAGCCCGGUGGCCCCUGGUGGCCCCUGGUGGCUCCCGGUGGCCCCUGGUGGCUCUUGGUGGCCCCUGGUGGCCCCUGGUGGCCCCUGGUGGCUCCCGGUGUCCCCAAGUCCCGCGCGGCUGCAAUUAAAGAGUUGGAUCUUG